AUGCUCCGAGGCGUGCCAGGACCAGGCCACAGGGGCCUGAAGGGGGCUGAGGGCUCUGAGGAGGACUUGGAGAGCUCUUGCCUGGAGGCCAGGAGGGAUUUUGGGGUGCUGAGGCAGAACAGCGUCCCUCGCGGCCUGGACGAGGCAGAGGAGGCAACGGGCAGGAAGCGCGCGCGGCCGGUGCGGUCUAAGGCGCGGCGCAUGGCGGCCAACGUGCGGGAGCGCAAGCGCAUCCUGGACUACAACGAGGCUUUCAACGCUCUGCGCCGAGCCUUGCGGCAUGACCUGGGCGGCAAGAGGCUCUCCAAGAUCGCCACGCUGCGCAGGGCCAUACACCGCAUCACGGCGCUCUCCCUCGUCCUGCGCGCCAGCCCCGCGCCCCGCUGGCCCUGCGGGCACUUGGAGUGCCACGGCCAGGCCGCAUGCGCCGGAGGCCCCGGGGACGCUGGCUCCAGCCCUCUGCGACCCGCGCCACUGCCCGCCGGGCCCAGCCUCGCGCGCGGGGACGCUGCCUGCUCCUUCGCGCCGCCAGCGCCGCGCUGCGCCUCGUGCUCCCCGCACACGCACCUGGGAAGGCCCAGGGCGGCCGAGGCACCCGGCCUGGCACAGGUCUUCGGGGGAAGCUGGCGCCGAUGUCCGGGGCCUCCCUCCACCGGGCCGCUUCCCUGGCCACGGAGCUACCUGCGAGCGGGCUCAGGGCUGGGAUGCCUGCACUCCUAG